AAAAGUCAGCUAUUAGCGGUGCGACGUUUCGCGAUUCCGCGUAGUUCGCUAUACUUAUCGCAUAGCUCACUCCACGGGAUCUAUUCCGUUUAGGUCGCCGUAUCUGGAUCACAGUUGGAUCUAGCAUUAGAGCUGCUUCGGAUGGAUUUAAUCACUAAUCCGGGUUUUUGUUCAGAGCUCGUUGCGCUGCUGAAAUGACGAGAGAGCAAACGCACGGCUCACGCGAUUUAAUGACGUUUUGUAUGCGACGAUCACUGACUGGUUCGUGACGAAGGAAAAGAUUUGAUGAUGCAUUUACAGAGUCGGAGUCUUUUUGCGUAAUGAAUGCCCAUUUCGGUUAAUAGUAAUUUCUAUACUGCUGACUUCUGGUUUGUAGCUCCCCUUUGAACGGAUUGUGUUUGCUGCAUUGAAAUUCGUUGGGGCAGUUCUGAGCUGCAAGUCUGCGUUUCUGGAUAAAAUUUCUAAAACUUUGCCAGCCAUGCCUAGUGGAAUGAAGCAGGAUACCGCCGUAUACAUUGUGGGCACUGAUCAGCGGAUGCGUUUCGGACACGUCGUGGACGUGGCGGAAGGUGGCCUCUUCGUGGAUCUGCUCUGCCCGAAUCGCCGGCGUGAAUUUGUGCCUUUCGGCAGAAUCUUCUUUCCACGUCCAGUGCAUUUAGCGCCUCUGGACAAACUGUAUGAUCCACAACGGUCCCCCGUCCAGGUGGAAGUACUGGUGCCGGAGACGCCAGUGGGUCCGUGGAUCUGGCAGCCGGGUGAAAUGCGCUGUGUAGGACGCAAGAAGACCCUGUGCGAAGCUGCCGUUGUUAACUGGCAGAGUCUGGACGGCGGAGUUCCGUGCUCCGACAUCGUCCCCAUGCAACGCAUUCGCCUAGUGCGUAACAGCAAUAAUUAUGACGUCCUACCGUGCGAAGAGGUUCCCCCCGGAGCUUUUAUCCGGCUCACUGUGGACCUGGGUCAGGAAUUUUGCUCCCUGCCAAUGAAAGAAGCCACGGCUCUCAUCGAGCGGUUGAACGGACUCCGCCUGUCAACCCUCUCCCCAGUUUAUGUGGUGGGCAUCGCGGACGGCAAGUUGCAGUACGAGUACAUCUGCAACCACGGCCAGAAAGAAAAACGGGCGUUGGCAGUUGGCGGUAAUUUGUUGGGAAAACUUGAAAGGUCCCACAAGGGAUUCCUGACGACGAUCAAGUCUCUUCAAGAUAACGAGGCUGUGACCACCGAUAAGCGCAAAGCAUGGAUGGCGCUGCCGUGCGAAUUGUGGCAGGAGGUCUUUUCCUGCUUGGACACUUUGGAACAGACGAAGCUGCGCACUGUUUGCGCCAUCUGGAACCGAAUCCUGGAUACACCACCGCUGCGUUCUACUGUCGUCAUCUGCAACAGGAACCCCAGUUGUCAACUUGCCGAUUUUCUCUGCUUGGCGACGGUGUACAAUUGCCUUAGUCCCGGCACGCAAUGCGCUGUCAUAAAUGUUCGCAGAGGAUCUUAUUCGCGGAGCGACUCCGACGCGAUGAAAGUAUGCGACAUGAUCCAGUAUGUGGCUGAACAGCAUCCCGGCGUCCGGCUGCGGAUAAUCCAUCUGUACGGCGUCCCGCUGAACUGGCUGAUUGACAUUAACCGUACUAUCGUUACCGCGGACGUAGUUGGAUGUGGUAUGCAUCCGGCUGAUCGUAAUCGACACAACUGGCUGCCGGAUUUCAUUGCCACGUGCCGCAGUCUGCCGUGCGAUGCCAUCCAGAUGACGAACUGUCGAGUUACACUGGCCUGCAAGCUGCACUGUGUGGAGAAAGACACCUAUCUCGUCACGGAGUGGCAGAUCAACGUCGGCACCGCGCGAUUGCAGCUGAGGGAUGGCUUCGAGUGCGCGUUGUGGGAAGCGUUGGAGGCAGCGCUCGGGAUGCCCAGUGACCCGCAGUGGUCAAAACUCGCUGCUGUUAAAGACGCUGAAAUGGAAGUAGCCUUCCGCAAGAUCCUGUGUCUGGUGCAGUCGGGCGAUCCCCGUCCGUCCUCGCAUUACCGCGGGAAGCGGUGGUGUGUGGAUGGUCUGCAAGAUUUGCAGUGGAAGAAACUGUCGCGUAUUACUUUGCACUUGCUCGUGCAACUGAAAAAGCGUACUUUUAAGAUGCGUUGACUUUAAAGCCCAUAACGUGAGGUCCUGCACAAAUACAACCCAACUCGACGUGCCAGUGGAUCAUUUGAGACAUUGUCCUGUGUCGGUUAGGUUGUGAUUAGCGUACCCCCUUAUUAAUAGUAAUCAUUAGAAGGUUUAAAAAGCUGCGUAAGCACUAAGGAUGUGAUUUUUCGUAUGUUCUGAUUUUUAAUUCGUUUCCUGUAGCUCUUUCCUCUUUGGGUACGUACUUAGUUCACUUCAUCCGCUCUCUCCUCUCUCUUACCAAAUGCGCUGUA